CACUGAUUGACAGUAAUAGGUGGCACUGAUGGGUGACACUGAAAGGCAGCUCAGAUGGGCACUGAUAUGUGGCAUUGGUGUGCACUGGUAGGCACUGAUAUGUGGCAUUGAUGUGGCACUGAUGGGCACUGGCACGAGGCACUGAUGAGCACUGACACAAGGCACUGAUGGACAUUGACAGGUGCUACUGCUGGGGCUACACUGAUCAUCAGGGCACACUGAUCAUCAGUGCCCCGAUGAUCAGUCCGAGGGGACAUGGCUGGGUCUUCCAACAUGACAACGACCCGAAGCACACAGCCAGGAUAACCAAGGAGUUG